AUGGCAGAGGGGAACUGUACUGUGUUUGCUGAAUUUGUGUUCUUGGGACUUUCCAGCAGAAAGGACUUGCAGGGGGGACUCUUCAUGCUCUUCCUCCUUGUUUAUGGUGUGACUGUGAUGGCCAAUCUAGGGAUGAUCCUGCUCAUCAAUGUGGACCCCAGGCUACACACUCCCAUGUAUUAUUUCCUGGGCAAUCUGUCUUUCUGUGAUGUCUGCUAUUCCUCAACUAUCUCUCCCAAGAUGCUGGCUGAUUUCCUAUCUGAGCAGAAGAGAAUUCCAUAUAAUUUAUGUGCUAUUCAAAUGUAUUUUUUUGGAGCCUUUGCAGAUGUGGAAUGUCUCAUGUUGGCUGUCAUGGCCUAUGACCGUUACAUUGCCAUUUGCAAUCCACUUCUUUAUACCAUCACAAUGUCUAGGAGGGUCUGCACCCAGCUAGUGGCCUGCGUCUAUAUCGUAGGCUUGGUGGAUUCAGCCAUCCACACUAGCUGCACAUUCCGGUUGUCCUUCUGCAACACAAAUGUCAUCAAUCACUUUUUCUGUGACAUCCCGCCCUUGCUGGCCCUGUCUUGCACAGACACAUCCAUCAACGAAAUAGUGAUGUUUGCUUUCAUUGGCUGUGUCGUGGGGUGCAGUGUCGUCACUGUCCUCCUCUCCUACAGCUCCAUCAUCACCACCAUCUUCAGGUUGAACUCAGCUGAGGGCAGACGCAAAGCCUUCUCCACAUGUGGCUCCCACCUCGCAGCUGUGGCCGUGUUUCAUGGUACCCUCCUGUUCAUGUAUUUCCGACCCAGCUCCAGUUACUCCAUGGACACGGACAAGAUGGCCUCUGUGUUCUACACAGUCAUCAUCCCGAUGCUCAACCCCCUGAUCUACAGCUUAAGGAAUAAGGAUGUGAAGGCUGCUCUGAAAAAAGCAAUCAGCACCACAUGGUGCAAUGGGUAA